CGAUUAUAGUAUCUCCAACUAAAUAAUUUAAUGGAAUUACUGAAAAUAGUAAGGCAUUAGAGUAUUUGGAUCAUUUAGAAUUUGUAUUGAAGGAUUAACCAUCUGGAGAAUAAAAAUCUGAAAGUUUAGAGACAUUUAUUAGCAAUAAAUAUCAGAAAAACAUAUAAAAUAUAGCAGACUAUUUAUAAUAAUAAGAUGAUAAAGUUUCUAAUUUUAAAUUAAAUUCAUAAGAAGCUGAAAGUUUAUAUAAGAGAUGUAAAUUAAAAGCAUAGAAAAAAUUACAUUUAGAUGAAAUUUUAUAAAAAAAGUUUAAUGAAAUAAACCUAACACCAUUAACUGAAAAAUAUGAAAAUCAAGAUCAGUAUUUAAACGAUGAUGAAUAAAUUACAAUUGAACCUAGAUAAUUAGAAAAUGAACAUUUUAUUAGGUAAUAUAGUAGAGAAUUGUAAAUUUUAUAAAAAACUAUCAUUUAAAAUCAUGAUCCAGAUGCUGUUGCUCCAAGUAAUCUAUAUAUAUACUUUAAGUGGUGGUUCUAGGUGGAAAACUAGUGAAAUAUGAAGAUCCAUAAUAUAACCAGUAGCAUUUAGAUAAAUUAUAGUAAUAUAUUGGAAAUAAAAAAGAAAAUUAAAAUACUUAUGAAAUACAGUUUGCAAAAAGUGCUUAAACUAGUAGAAAUAAAUAUUAACAUAUCAAAACUAAAAAAUAAUUAUUAUAAACUUUAUAAAAAAGAUAAAAAUUAUUAUUUACUCAAAAUAUUCCUUAAUUAAUAUCAGAAACUAAAUUAAAUAGAAAAGAACUAUAUUAAACAUUUAUAUUAUAUUAAGCAUUAGAAGCUGUUUCAAGUUAAAUGGAGGAUGCUUAUGUAAUAGGUGAAGGAGUAAGUUUUGAAGCAUUUAGAAAUGGUAUCUAUUAAGUUUCACUUCAACCAACUGAUUUAGCAAAACAGAUGUUUUAAUAGAUUGAUUACAACUUUUCAGGUUAUUUGAAUUGGAGAGAAUUCUUGAAUUUAAUGGUAGCUAUUAGAGCCAAAACUUUAAUGGAUAGAGUUAACUUAUUUAUUAAAAUUGCAGAUAAAGAUGGAAAUCGAGCCUUAUCUUAUGAGGAAGUACAUAAUUUAACUAGAAUUUGCUUAAGUAAAUAUAUAAAAGUAAUGAAUUAUUUUAAUCAAUAAGGAUGAUUGUUAAUUAUUGGAUAUGCUAUGUGAUUAUUUUACAAAAUUAAUUUUUGAAACAUUAGAAGUUGAUAAAAAUGAUGAUAUUCCUUUAGAAAAGAUUAAGUAAACAAUUUUAGAUGGUGGAGAAAAUUGUUAAUUAUUAAGCAUGUUUUGUGGAGCAGAUUUAUGA